AUGUGUAAGCAACCACUUACCAAGCAGCAAGAUCAGCAGCAAGAGUCGACCGACAUUGACAGAACGCAGGACAUGAUCAAACUAGGAAAGCAAGUGUUGCAACUGGAAAAAGCCAUAAACUACAUGGAACAGCAAUUAGGCAUGUGCCGCAUCAACAACAGCAGCGAUCCUGCAUCCGCCAACACAAUGAUCCAAGGCGUAUUUCAGAAUUGGAGGUGCAGAAUAGCAGAUGGCACGUUUCAAAUAGAGACAGGCAUUCGCAACAUUAGUGAGCUACUGCAGUUUAACACAUCCAUCUCCUAUCUAUCACCGUUGAACUAUGACAGUGCGUCGUCAGUCAGCAGCGAUGAUUCAUGCUAUCGAGGGAGAGAUGCUGGCAUUGUGCUAAACUUUCAAAAGGAAGUCAACGGCAGCCUUAUACCAUUCACCAUCACACUCAUGGCAAAGACAAUCACAUCCGCACCAUCCAUUAUACCCUCUGCUUUGUUGAUUCCAAGCGCACUACUGUUGGAUCCGGAGCCGCUGAUAGAUCAGCUUGUGGACACUUACUUUCGAUGCAACAAUCUAUUCAGCCCACUAGUGCACGAAAGAUCCUAUCGAGAUAAACGAGCUGCCAUCCACGAUCCAUUGACAGAUCCAGUGACACUCAGCAUAUGCUCCUACGUUUGUUCAACUCCUUGUCAGGCACUGCCAUUUACGCCGAGAGAGAGACGCAACAUGGGCGACUUUUUCUAUGCCAAAGCGAGAGACAUUAUCUUGGAUCAAUUCGAUAUACCUGAAAAGCAGUUAGAGACCGCAAUGAGCAUCAACUUGCUGAUGCAGUACAUGCACAUUACGCUCAAAAUAGGCGAAGCCUGUCGCAUGGUGUCUUUGGCUUAUCAGAUUUUGGUGGGAUUGAGAAAUGCUUAUCCAGAUUUACGGGUGCCUACGGAUGUCGAUGAUGCAACGAAUGUACCAGACCCCUCCUAUUCCAAACAAGAUACCGAGGAAGAACCUAUUGAAAAUGUAGAUAAAGUGCUGUUGGCUCGCCAUUUGACAGUUGCAGCAGUAUUGAGUCGUUUGUUGGAUUACAUUGUAAGUGGUUCCAGCGAUAAAAGAGGAUUUCAUUUCCCGCUUUGGACCUAUAUCGCAGAUGAGCCCGAAAGUACAAAGCGCUUUGUACGCUCGCAGAAUUGGCUGAUUCGCUUGCACAACCACACAUUUGUGAGGAACUUUUUGGUGAAUAUUCAUCGUCUUCAAUUGGGAAAAUCGUGCGCCUUUAGUUUCGAGUCUAUUCUUGUGAUGGAGGAGCUGAUCAAGGAAUACACAACAAAUGUCCCUCCAGAUAUCCGAUUGUGUGCUGACAUGAACAAUGCACCCAUGUGCUUUGAUGCGAUAGACAAGACCAAAGACCCUGUUCUCUUGAUCAAUUUCAUUCACUUUCACAUUCUUCAAAUGAGCGUUUAUUCUUGCUUACUGCGACCGAAGGCACUGUCAGAUCAAGGCCAGCAAAUCCUAUCAUUGGUACAAGAGCAUUCAUUGAGCAGAGCAUUGAAGAGCUGUCAGUUACUGUUACGCGCUAUUCAUCGGCUUGCUAUUACUGAACAGACGUCAUGCAAUUACUUUAUAUCAGCAAGUGAAUACUUGUUCCAUGCCAUGGAUGUGCUCAUUAUAUUGGCGCUGUCAUCCAACAAACAAACGGCAAAAGAAGCGGGAGCCAUGAUGAAAACUUGUCUCCAAGAACUCCAGAUGAUUGGAGUUACUCAAGGCAAUCAUAUGGCAGAAGCAGAUACAAUGCCUCCCGAUGAACAGAAAUUCAGGAUGAAGGACGGUAAAUUUGACAUUGAAUAUUAUGACAAAUUUCCCCAUCCUUGGUUUGCAAUCAUGUAUGAUGCUAGUCAUAUCAUUUCAUCUAAAUAA